AUGCGCGGAUCCCCGGGAGGGCGGGGCAGGCGAGCGGCGGCGUUGGUCCGAUCCGGGUCGUACAUCCUCUUGCUGCCGUCGCCACCGGUGGGAUCCGGGCUGCGCAGCAUCCUGCGCCGUGCCCCCCGCUCCGCCGCGCCCUCGCCAGGACCAGCCCGGCCGUUGCGCGCGCCCUACUCUGCAAUGAGGCUGAGCAGCCGCGGCAGGGGAUGCUGCGCGGCGGGCGGCAGAGAGCGCGGCCCGCCCCCGCGGAGCCCCUUCGUGCACCAGCUGCGCCUCAGCGCCCUGCAGAAAGCCAAGAUUGCCUUCAUGACCUUGACUUUGUUCCCCAUCCGACUCUUUUUUGCUGCUUUUAUGAUGUUACUGGCCUGGCCUUUUGCAUUCAUUGCUUCAAUGGGAUCUGCUGAGAGAGAACUGGAAAAGCCCCUCUCCUGGUGGCGAAAAGUAGUGGACUUUUUGCUGAAAGCAAUCAUGAGAACAAUGUGGCUUGCUGGAGGAUUCCAUUGGAUAAAUGUAAAGGGCAGACAGGCUUUACCAGCAGAAGCAGCAAUAUUAACUCUGGCUCCACAUUCCUCAUACUUCGAUGCCAUUCCUGUGACCAUGACUAUGGCUUCCAUUGUGAUGAAGGCAGAAAGCAAAGAUAUUCCUGUAUGGGGAACUUUAAUAAAAUACAUACGACCAGUAUUUGUGUCUCGGUCAGACCAGGAUUCUCGCAGAAAAACUGUUGAGGAGAUAAAGAGACGGGCUCAAUCUGAUGGCAAAUGGCCACAGAUAAUGAUAUUCCCAGAAGGAACUUGCACAAACCGAUCUUGUCUAAUUACCUUCAAGCCUGGAGCAUUUAUUCCUGGAGUUCCUGUCCAGCCAGUAGUUUUGCGUUAUCCGAACAAAUUGGAUACAAUCACAUGGACAUGGCAAGGUCCAGGAGCGCUGGAAAUUCUGUGGCUUACCUUGUGUCAGUUUCACAAUUUUGUGGAAAUUGAGUUCCUCCCUGUUUAUAUACCUUCAGAAGAGGAAAAGAAAAACCCAUCUUUGUAUGCAAAUAAUGUCAGACGUGUAAUGGCAGAGGCCUUGGGAGUUUCAGUAACAGACUACACAUUUGAAGACUGCCAGCUAGCUUUGGCUGAAGGACAACUUCGUCUGCCUUCAAACACCUGCCUUUUAGAAUUUGCAAAGCUUGUGAGAAGCCUUGGGCUGAAACCAGAGAAGCUUGAAAAAGAUCUUGAUAGAUAUUCUCAAAGUGCCAAGAAAAUGAAAGAGAAAAGAGUCAGUCUUAAAGAGUUUGCUGCAUACUUGGAAGUCCCAAUUUCUGACACAUUAGAAAACAUGUUUGCUCUUUUUGUUGAGAAUGAAGACGGUGUAAUUGAUCUACGGGAAUAUGUGACUGCUCUAUCUGUAGUAUGUAGGCCAUCCAAAACUUUAGAAACAAUUCAGUUGGCAUUUAAGAUGUAUGAAUCACAAAAUGGAACCAUAAUAGAAAACGACUUAGCUUGCAUUCUGAAGACUGCCUUGGGUGUGUCAGAGCUUAAUGUAACAGACCUUUUUAAAGCUAUAGAUGCAGAAGAAAAAGGGAAAAUCACAUAUGAUGACUUCUACAGAUAUACAGAAAUGUAUCCAGACUUUGCAGAUGAGUAUCUGUACCAUGAUCAGAUGGAAGUUGAGAAUUGUUUGAAGACUUCUCUUCCAGCCCCUAAUGGAUUCUGUACUGACUUCAGCCCAGAAAAUGCUGACGAUAAAAAGAAUCCCCUGCAGAAGAAACUGAAUUAAUACUGCAGACAUCCUACUCCUCUCCUGGUGAGAGGAAUAUUUCCUUUCCUGGAAUCGUCAUAGUCACUCCAACUAUACAGCAGCACAUAACUUUUGUGUGUGAAAGAUUUACUACCUUAAUACUGUUCUUUAAUUCCCACAUGCUGUAUUUAUCAAUAUCUUCAAGCUUAAUUGUCAGGAGAUGGGUUUUAUUUUAUUUUUUUCACAAAGGUCUUUGAAAGCCAAUAAUGUGAUGUGCUUCAUUAUUAAUGUGCAUACUUAAAGGGAAGCUACAUAUUUAUUUAUAUUUGAUUGGUUAGUUUCAUGUACAGAAUGUUGCACAAAGUGUGCAUGUAUAAAGAAUUGUAGCUAAUAUGGUGGUGAGUGCACUUUGGUGAUUAGUUUUUUUCCCUGUUUCGGAAGAUGUUUAUUUAGGGCCAGAUCUGUCGUCCUUAUUCACAGAGCAGUCUCACUGAUUUCAGUAGGAUUAUUCUCAUGAGAAAAGCAAGCACAUUUUGGCGCCUUUUGUUGGUUUCAGUAAAUAAUGCAAGAAACAAUUAUGAAAAAACAAUUUUUUUUUUUUACCAAGGAUUACUUGCUUUUUAUUUUUGUUGUUAAAUGAUAAAAGUUGUCUCUGUCUUUCAGUCCAUUACAUGGUAGAAUCAAAAGGGAAGGGGCUUUAGUUCCCAUACAUUUAUUCUCAUAUACUUAUCUGCAGAACACAGUGAAAUAUGGAAUGCUUUCAAAACAGACAUGAUAUGUCUAUGUGAACAAAUGUGUGGCAAACAAAUUAUGCUUUCCAUGCUUUUCUGUAAAAUUAUUCAAACAUUUCCACUUAUUAAUUAUAUGAGGAAUUUAUUAUAAAUUAAUUCCUUAUGUAUUUAAUUUCGAUAUUAACCAGGAAUCACACAGGUGCAGCUUCUUUGGUAAAAAUCUGACGACAGAUACACAUGCACAUGUGUGCAUAUACAGUCAAAUACAUGUUGUAAGGUGGAAUAAAGAUUUUUAUCAGCAUGAAUUUGGAAAGAUUGCAUUAGGAGUGGCAAAGCCAUAAGUGAGUUAUAUAAGACAUCCCAAAGGAAUGCCUUAAAACUUUGUAUUACCAUGAUGUAUAUUCUAUAUGAUGCAGAAGUUACCAAAAAAAAAAAAAAAAUUAGGAAUGUUUUACAGAAGUUUUAAAAAAUGUUAUUGGCCCUAUUUCUUAUUUCUUUCCUUUUGUAAAUGCAGGUACUUUAGUUACAAGGAAUAAAAUUGAGCAGGGCAUCAAAACUAAUAUAAAAAACUUCCCAAAAUGAUGUAGUUUUUCUGAAUAUAAAAAUGUCAGAACUUAAAAGCCCAAAAUGUGCUUUUAAGGGCUAGAAGUAAUGCUGGGUCCCAAUGGGACCAAAGGAAUUUCUCUCCUUAAUGGUAAAAAUUCUUAAUCCUGCAUGGUUAGUAACCCCAUUACUAACCCUGUAGAGCUGCACUAUAUCACACUUCAAAACUCAGGCAUUUUUAUAAUUCGAAAAGCAGCCACUAAUUUAGGAUUUGAAUCUUGUCCAUCCUGGGCCAACAAACCAUGCUAAUUUCAAGCCAUGGGUGGAGAGGAGAGAGAGGAGGAGGAGGAAACCUUUCUCUGGCAGGUUGGUUUUUAAAAAUGGCAGUUGCUUGAAACUGGUUAAGGUUUAGAAUGUGUUCUGGAGAGACAUAUUAACAUGUGGAGGGCAGAUGAUUUCAUUAAAAGUAAUCAAUAAAUUAUUGCACAUAUAUAUGCAAAUUAUCAUACAAGUAGCACAUUGGUGUGUAUGGUAUGCUACAUACUAUACAUACCACACAGUAGAACCUCAGAGUUAUGAACACCAGAAUUACAAACUGACCAGUCAACCACACACCUCAUCUGGAACUAGAAGUAUGCAAUUAGGCAGCAGCAGACACACACACAAAAAUACAGUACAGUACUGUGUUAAACGUAAACUACUAAAAAGAAAGGGAAAGUUUAAAAAAAAAAAAGAUUUGACAAGGUAAAGAAACUGCUUAUUUCAUUUAAAUUAAGAUAGUAAAAAGCAGCAUUUUUCUUCUGCAUAGUAAAGUUUCAAAGCUGUAUUAGGUCAUUGUUCAGCUGUAAACUUUUGAAAGAACAACCACAACGUUUUGUUCAGAGUAAUGAACAUAUCAGAGCUACGAACAGCCUCCAUUUCCGAGGUGUUUGUAACUCUGAAGUUCUCCUGUAUAUGUGAAGAUGCUCUCUCUAUGUGGUAUAUUGUGUAACAAUAUGUAAAAGUAACGUAAUAUUAAUUAAUGCCUAACCUACAUUUUGCUUACUUAUCCCCCUCCCCCUCCCACCCCCAGCCCCGGGACUUGCUCUAACAUUAUAAAUUUCUGAGCAGCUUCAACCAGCCACCAUUUUUAAAAGGCAAUUAACCUGACAGAAAAAAAUUUCCUUCUUUUCCCCAAAUAGGGAAUUCUACCGACACACUGAAGCCACAGUGGACUGAGAAACACAGUGAACAAUAUUCGUUCCUGGAACACUGACAGAUUUAAGAUCCAGUAACUUGCAGCAAGACAGGGCUAAAAAUGGGAGUUUUUAGAUGCUUGAAAAAUAUUGAAAUUUUGACAUUUUUAGGUAUAAUACAAGAAAAAAUAUUCUGGGUUAAUUUUAGAUGUUGUUUUGGCACCUUCUGGCACUCUGACAUUUGGGCUAAUGCUGUCUGCAGCACCUAGAUUUACGGUGGAGGAAUAUAAAAAAGUUCCAAUAAUUUUAAUCUAAAAUCGUUUCUCUGUGACACGUGGGAUAUAUAGAAUACAUCAGUGUUUCUCAAACUGGGGUCACCGCUUCUGUAGGGAAAGCCCCUGGCGGGCCAGGCCGG